ACCUGAGGAGAGGCAGUCCAGUAUUAGAGCCAGCAGCGGCAACAGACAGACGAUCGCUCCUCAGGGGUCUUGAGCUCCAGAAACAGUGCUCAUCCAGAAACCAAAACUGCCAAAAUGUGGAAAAAAUCUAAAGUGGGGGAUCAGACAGCAGCUGGGCAAGUGGGGAUAAAGAAGAAGUCUAAAGUCCCUGGGGUGAUGAUCACCCAGUUUGUGGAGGAAAUGCCAGAGGGGAAGAGCCACCCUGACUUCACCCGCAAGCCCAUCGCUCUCACCAUCCAGGAGGGGAAGUUUGCGUUCUUCAAGGCCAUCGUUAUCGGAGAACCUCAACCCACCGUCACCUGGGCCAGGAAUAACGGAGACGUUUCUGACACGUCCAGAUACCAAACCAAGUACGACCCAGUCGCUAACGAGAACAUCUUCGAGAUGGCCAAUGUCAAACCUGACCAGGCUGACACUUACAAAUGCUUUGCCACAAAUGAAUAUGGGAAAGCCGUAGUCACUGUGGUCCUGAAUGUCAUUCAAGUUGGAUUUAAAAAGGAACCCAAACCAACAGCAGGGGCAAAUGAAGCAGGAGAUUUUAAGACUGUACUGAAGAGAAAGAGUAAAAUCCGUCCCAAAUCUGAGCAAACUGAAAGGAAAGAUGGAGAGAUAGACCCAAAGUUCUGGGAGCUGUUGUUGAGCGCUGAUAAGAAAGACUACGAGCGCAUCUGUACUGAGUUUGGAAUCACAGACUUCCGCUGGAUGCUGAAAAAACUGAAUGAGAUGAAGAAGGAGAGAGAGGAGGAACAGGCCCAGUUCAUCAAAAGCAUCUCAAAUCUGAAGCCAAUCGAAGUGAACCCUGAUUGCUCCGCGUCCUUUGAGAUCGACAUGGAUAUGAUCGACCCUAGCAGUAGGAUCUUCAUCUACAAGGAUGGAGUGAUGGUUCCUUACACCAAGGAGCUGGGAGACAAACACAGCCUCAAACAAAUUGGGAGAAAAUACGUCUUCAGCAUUAAGGAUCUGCUGCCUGACGAUGCUGGCUUGUAUCAGCUUGAUGUGGAGGGUGUCAACAUGUUUUCCACUGACUUCAAAAUUCCCAUGAUCGACUUCCUCGUCAAGAUCCAGGAAGUGAAGGCAACGGAGAGAGAAGACGCUGUGUUCGAGUGCGUGCUGUCCAACCCGUUCUCCAAGAUCAUGUGGGUGGGAAAGAACCUGCCCCUGGAGCAGGGCGACAAGUACGACAUUGAGGCCUCAGAGGACAAGCUCAUCCACCGGCUGGUGGUGAAGGAUUGCAUGGUGGUGGACAAGGGCAUCUACGCUGCCGUCGCAGGGAUCAAGUCCUGCAACGCCUGGCUUGUUGUUGAGCCCGACAAGAGCAGCCAAGGAGGCAAGAAGGCAGCCAGGAAGACGACCAGGGCCGGAGGAGCGGGGCUGGACCUGGAGAAGAUUGCCCAAGAGCAGCAGCAGAAGCUGGUGAAGGAUCGUGAGGAGCGUCUGGAGCAGGUGAAGACAGCCAAGGCUGAGAUGGCUGCGGCGGCUGAGGCAGAGCCCACCACCACACCUCCCAGCCAGGAGGUCAAACCUGCCAAGGCUCCUCCCACCAAACCAGGACGGUCAGAUCAGGAAGCAGCAGCAGUGAGUAUAGGUCCACAGCCCCAGGCUGUUGCCGUGGAGAAUAAUGUUGUUGCUCUGCACAUCGUGAGCGGAUUGUCUGACGUGUAUGCUGUUCGUGGUGAACCUGCCGAACUGGUGGUGAAGAUGAGCAGCGACUGUGAUGGAGCCUGGCUGAAAGCUGGAGAGAAGCUGUCCUCCAAAGCUGGUUUAGCUUUAACCAAGGAUGGAAACAAUCACAAACUGACCAUUAAGACCAGCAAGGAGGACGAUAUUGGACUGUACCGCUUUGAAGCAGACGAUUGCAAAACUGAGGCAAAUCUCUGUGUUGGAGACGUACCCGAGUUUGACCCCGACGACCUCCACAAGUUCUCCAAGCCGGUGAUCGUAAAGGUGGAUCAGAACGGCAGCUUCAAGAUGCCGUUCACUCCGCAGGAGUCCCUGGAGGUGCGCUGGUUCAAGGACGGCGUGGAGCUGAAGGACGGUGGGGGCGUGAAGAUGGUUAAGGAGGCGAACCACAGCCGGCUGAUGUUCAGGGACUGCCUGCGCUCUGACACCGGAGACAUCACCAUCCAGCUGAAGAGCCCGUACGGAUCUGUGGAGGCCAAAUCUCGGCUCAUCGUCCUUGACAAGCCCGGCACCCCGGAAGGCCCAGUGGAGGUCCUGGACAGCAGCGCCUCGGUGAUAGAGCUGAAGUGGAACCCUCCGCAGGACGAUGGAGGCUCCCCUGUCACACACUACAUCCUGGAACGCCAGCAGCUGGGCCAGAGCCUCUGGAAGAAGCUGGGCGACGUCACCGCCGACAAGACGGUCUACCGUGACCGGAACGUGGUCCUGGGCAAGAAGUACAUCUACCGGAUAUACGCAGAGAACCCUGAAGGCCUCAGCAACCCUCUCCAGACAGAAAACAUCAUGGCGGGUACUUUGGUGUUCCCUGGUCCGCCUGGUGCGCCCAAGGUGGUGAGUGCAUCCAAGACCUGCAUCCACCUGACGUGGACCCCUCCGGUGGAGACGUUUGGGACAGUGGUCGGCUACCAGCUGGAGAAGAGGAAGAAAGACACAGUUCAGUGGAUUGCCUUGAACCCUGUCAGCGAGCCCAUCGAAGGAGAUAAGUAUGCAGUGAAGGAUGUGACUGAAGGGUGUGAGUAUGAAUUCAGGGUGUCGGCCAUUAAUGAGUCUGGAGCAGGAGAGCCUAGUCCUCCCUCUGCCAUGGUGUGUGCAAAGAAUCCCAACAUGCGGCCAAAUUUCAAAGACCCGGAGGACUUCAUUGUGAUCAGGGCUGGAAAUUCAGUGAGGAUCAAAAUCCUGUAUGAGGCCGAGCCCCCGCCAAGCAUCUCCUGGCUGAAGGACGACGAGCCGGUCUCUCCCUGGAUCAACGUCAUCAACACGGAUGGGAUGUCCCAGCUGGUCAUCCCCUCCUCCAAGCGCUCCGACUCAGGGAUCUUCACCAUCAAGGCCAAGAACUCGAGUGGCGAGGCUUCGUUUGAUAUCGAAGUCAGAGUCACAGAUGAACCGAAGCGCCCGGGGCCGGUGGAGCUGCAGCAGACCGUCCACGGCAGGGUGGUGGUGACCUGGGCCCCAUCCCCGGACCAGGAAGUGGAUGACCGCCUGCACUACAUGGUGGCGGAGCACGACUCCAACACCCGGAUGUGGCACACGGUGGCCGACCGGCUGUUCUGCAACACGUACACGGCCAACAACAUCCAGCCCGGGCGAGAGUACCACUUCCGCGUGUUCGCCAAGAACGACAUGGGCCCCUCCGAGCCCUCCCAGUCGCCCACCUGGGGCAUCAACAGCAACAGAAUCGCUGUGACGACCAGCAUGCCUACGGAGAUCAGCUUCGAGAGGCCUCCAUCCAUCCUGGUGCCCCUGAAAGUCCACACCCCUCCGAAGGGCUACCAGCUCUACAUGACCUGCGCCAUCCGGGGCUGCCCCACCCCCAGCGUCACCUGGUACCUCAACGACAUCUCCAUCAACCACGACAACAACUACUACAUCACCAACUCCUACGGUGUCUGUUCCAUGUCCGUCCUCCGCGUCCGGGCCGAGGACAGCGGCGAGUACAGGGUGGUGGCUGUCAACUCCUUCGGCCGGGCCGAGUGCUCGGCCAAACUCCAGGUUAAAGACUGAAGCAGCUUGAAGGUUUGUUUUAUGCACAAACAACGCCCCUCCCUCCUUUCUUUAGAUGUAUUUAAGGGAUAGAUCUCCUUGGUUAAAUGAAUUCAGAGUUGACUGUUUUUAGUGGUACAUCGGUGCCGUUCACAUCCAAUGUGCUGUUCAGUUUAGGAGACACAAUAUCUGCUUUUACAUUGCAUCGGUUUUGACAUUUGGUUAUUCAUCUUGAAUCAGUAUUCCAUGCAUGUCUGUUUCUUUCAGUAGGUAGCACAUGUACUAUAUUCUUUCAGUAAGUAGCACAUGUACUGUAUUCAAAACUGCAAUAAAACCUUCAAAUCUAA